AUGAAUCAGCUGGCGAUGCUGCUGUUAGCAGUACUUUCUGUCGCGGCAGCCCAAAACACGUAUGGCUACCGCCCGAAUACGGCCACGCCUCCCACCGCCCAGGCUUAUACAGGCGCCCCGUUCGUCUACCGUACCACCAUGAACCCGACGCUGGACGCCGAGAAGGCGGCUGGCAUCGUGCCGGCCUCCAAAAACGCGUCCCGCGCGUCUCGAGCCAUUAGUACGCCGAUGCACCAGUACGCCACGUCGACGUACUCGCCGUACAGCCAAAACCAAUACCAGCAAAACGGGUACACCAACCAGGGCUACGGCGGCAGCAACAUGUACAGUCAAAACCAGCAGUACCCACAGGCUGGCUACGGUAAUCAGGGCUACGGCAGUGGCAACAUGUACAGCUCCUCGAACCAGUAUCCCUACACCAACCAGCAGCUAUCGUACAACGGCCAGUAUCAGUCCUCUACCCCAUCGACGCAAUACCUGCUUCGGGAUCAGAACUGGAACUACAACUACAACCCGAAUUCUCAGUACAACGGUUACAGUAACGGGUACAAUGGACAGGCUCUCUACAACCCCCUGAGCAACCAGUAUAGCAGCCCGAAUUCGAUGCAGUCCCAAAACGGAUACCAGACCAACUGGAACACAAACUACAAUGGCAAUCAGCGAUAUCCCAAUACCUUCAGAUUCCGACGGGCCCUCAGGGCCAAGCGGCAAAGCUCCGCUCAGAAUUCGGGCUUCAGCGCCUCGUCUUCCACCACCGCUAACCCGCUGUACGCGUCGACGCAGCAGUACGGGGCGACGACAAACUACAACAAUCGGCAGUACGAUCAGCGGGGAGGGAACGCGAACCCGGAAAGCUUGAUUCAGAAUCCCAACUACGCCUACCUUCCCCUGAAUCUGGAGAGCCAGUACUUGGCCAACUACGGCAGGAUGUACGACCCUUCCGGAAACAGCAACUUUAUGACGCCCGCCACCGAGGCGCCGAUACUUUCGAAUGACGCGCAGAAUCAGCAGAAUUACCAGAAAAUUCAGCAGGACUACGUCGGUGGCAUCGACAAGUACCAGGUCGACCCGUCGCAGGUGACGAACAACAUCUACGGCUACGACUACAGCAGCUCGAGCAAUCGCCAGGGCCGGAAG